UGGAGACCUUCUUGGAGUUCAUCCAGCAGCCAUCAUGCAAGGUGGUGCUGGGGACUGCCCUCUUACUAGGAGGUGGAGGCCUUAUGAUGUGGGUUCAGAGAAAGAGGAGGAGGAAGACCACCUCUGAGUCUGCACCAGAUGAGGACAAGUCACCAGAAUCCCACAAAGCAAAGAAUGACAAUUGGAUUAAAUCUCACUUUAGCUGCUUUUCCGAAGAAAAGCUGGUCCCCACCAACAAUGCCUGCACCAGCAGCAGUGCUCCCCAGGCUGAGGGUGGGAGUGGAGAGGCCAGCACCACAAUUCGUGUGGAGACCUUCAGCACCAGGCACAGAGAAGGGGGCACGGCUCUGCACCGGGAGUCCUUCACCAGCAAGCAGAGGACAUCUGGGUCCUCGGUGAUCAAAGAGUCCCACAAGGAGUCUGGAAGAUCCUCAUCCAUGGAAGAGGCCACGUGGGCUGCUGUGGCUGCCUGCACCAAGGAGAUCGACACCAAGGGGCGGUGCCUGGCUAACUCCAUACUGCAGCGGGCCACGGCUUACAAGCACUCAGGCCACCUGGAGUCCACAGACAUCAACCUGGAGGAGCUGAACGCCCUGGAGGAGGUGGAGAUGAAGGUGAAAGUGAAUUUCCUUGCCCAGCAGGAAAACACCAUAGCUGGUGCCAACCACACACACACCUUCCAUGGCCACCAGAGCCAUCAGGGUCAUCCAGCUCACCCUAGCCACCAAGGUCAUCCAGGUCACCCGAGCCACCAUGGCCAUCCAGGUCACCCUAGCCACCAAGGUCAUCCAGGUCACCCAAGUCACCAGGGUCAUCCAGAUCACCCAAGCCACCAGGGUCAUCCAGGUCACCCAAGCCACCAGAACCACCAGAGCCACAGCCUGCCCAACCGCAGCCACCAGAUCAAUGACUCCUUCGAAGCCACCUGACUACAGGUGGAGAUGCCCCUUCCCCCCUGCAGGGCUGGCCCACAUAUGUUUUCUCUAUGUGGCAACCCAUGUGGCCCAGGGGAGAUGCUGCUGCCAAAAAUCCCACAGGGGUCACAGUCCUUCAACUCUGUGAGGAGGGUCUGCCACAGAGGAUGGCCCCCAAUGGAGGGAGAGCUGGGAGUAAGCGAAGCAGCUGAGACAGACACUGAGGCCCCCAAAGACCCACUGAGAGAAGACAGACAGGCAGAUCCCGGAGCAGCCAAGAGCCCCGCACUGAUGCCAAAUGCCUGGAAUGAGCCAAUUAAAGCCCUGUACACCCUCAUGCUGAGUCCAGGGGCUCAGUGGCCAGCUUGGGGGUUGGGCAGGGAUGGAGGGAGAGGGCUCCUUCUCAGCAGUCCUCUGCCUGUGGGCCUUGACCUGGGGCCUUUUCACUGGGCCUGAUUUGAAACUCUAUAAAAUCGCUUCCCCUGGCUUCAGGCUCUGGGGAUGGGAGACCUCCAGAGGCCU